GGCCCGGCCCCACAGCCGACACGAGAGCUAGCCCGGAUUACGAAAUGUGUUGCGAGAAGUGGAAUCACGUGGCUGAAAUGCUGCUCUUCAUUGAAGACCGCGAGGAGGAGUACAAGAUCCUUUGCCUCUGCUCCCGGGCAUUUGUAGAAUUAUUUAUUUUGCUUCACAGGGAUCGAAAAUUGUACAACUUGGGAUUAAAAGGCUACUAUGUCAAAAGCAGUGGCGAUAAUGCAGGAGACCAAGUUACAGAAGAGGAGGAAGAUGCUCAUUCCAAUGGCACUGCAGAAUCACAUAGCCCAGAUGAAAGUGACCUUGACUCUGAGGCCAAACUCAUGAGAAGUAUGGGAUUACCAAUUCAGUUUGGUAGAAUGUCUACACACGAGAAUUUUGAGGUGUCUAUGAACGCAAGAAAUAAAGCUAAAGUGAAGCAGAAGAGAAGAAAACAUCGAAAGCGGUAUUUAGACGAAAUGGUGCGGGAAUCUUGGAGAAAGGACUAUGAAGAAGAUGAUCUUGUGGUUUCAGAUGAUCCAUCUUCAGUUGAACACUGUGAGAACAACAGAGCAUGUACAAUUCAAAGCAAAACAGAUACUGAAACAGAAAACCUUCCUGUUGAAAAUACACUGGCACCAAAGCUAGAGGUCACAGAGAAUUGGGAAAAAUACUGGAAUGAAUAUGGAGAGGGACUGUUGUGGCAAAGCUGGCAGGAAAAAUAUCCAGAUCAGACACUAUCUUCUGAACCUUGGAAUCUUCCUGAUACAAAGGAAGAAUGGGAGCAACAUUACAGUCAGCUUUAUUGGUAUUAUUUGGAACAAUUUCGGUAUUGGGAAGCUCAGGGCUGGACUUUCGCUGCCUCACAAAACUGUGAUAAAGAUGUUUGCACAUCUCACACAGAGGUUGACCAGAAUGCUGAGGUCAGCAUGAGAGUAGAUGUAACGACUUUUUCAUCUUCACCUAACACAGUUGAGAAUGAAAGCCCUGGCUUAAAUGAUAAUGACCAUAAUGAAAUUAUUACUGGGAUUAAAACUAUAACUCUGACUGCAGAAGAAGUAGAGAAGACCUGGUUAGAUUCCUCUGAACACUGUGGCAAGCAGCUCAGUGGAAUCACUGGGAAAGAGUGCCCUGCCUCUGGAGGAAGUAACGCCUGUAAUGGAACACCCAAGGAAAGUAACAUGUCCGAGAACAGAAGCUCCAGUCAACCAGCUCAAGAGUUGCAGGAGUCUUCGGGAACAAAUACAGGUAAACAUAGACCAUACCAUAACGGGGCUGAUGGAGAUGAGAGUGAAGAUGACCCGCCUGAGCAUAAGCCCAGCAAAGUAAAGAAAAGCCAUGAAUUGGACAUUGAUGAAAACCCAGAUUCCGAAGUUGAUGACAAUGGUUUCCUUCUAGGAUUCAAGCAUGGCUCAGGACAAAAAUAUGGUGGAAUUCCAAAUUUCAGUCGUCGACAGGUCAGGUAUCUAGAAAAGAAUGUGAAAUACAAGUCGAAGUACCUAGAUAUGCGCAAGCGGAUGACUGUGAAGAACAAGCACAUCCUAUUCACCGAGGAGUCAGGAAAACCCUUUGUCAAGAAGAGUAAAGUACAGAGUAAGGUGGAAAAAUUCCUAAAAUGGGUUAAUGAACCUAUAGAUGAGACAUCACAGGAGUCUCUUUCUCAGAACAAAAUGCAAGACACUUGCACAAGCAGUGACUCAGAGGAACAAGACAUGUCCCUGGAGAAAGCUGAUGACCUGGUGGAGACUAGAGAUCCAGAACCUGAAAAAUGUCAGACCAUCUCUUCAGCCAGUGAACUUGAAGCAGAAAAGAGUGAAGGAGGCUCCUUAGUUCCAGAGAACUGUUUACCUGAAGAAAUGCCAAACCCUCCCUGCACAGAAACAGAAGAAACAAAGAAGAAGAAAAACAAGAAGAAAAACAAGAACAAAAAGAUAAAUGGUCCACCACCUGAAAUAGCUUCUGUUCCAGAGCUGGCAAAAUACUGGGCCCAGAGGUACAGGCUCUUCUCUCGCUUUGAUGAUGGGAUCAAAUUGGACAAAGAGGGCUGGUUCUCAGUCACUCCUGAGAAGAUCGCUGAGCACAUUGCCGGCCGAGUCAGUCAGUCCUUCGCAUGUGACAUUGUAGUAGAUGCUUUCUGUGGAGUUGGAGGAAAUACCAUUCAGUUUGCCUUAACAGGGAAAAGAGUGAUUGCCAUUGAUAUCGACCCUGUUAAAAUUGAUCUUGCUCGGAAUAAUGCUGAAGUUUAUGGGGUAGCAGAUAAGAUAGAGUUUAUCUGUGGAGAUUUCCUGCUCUUGGCUCCGUGUUUAAAGGCUGAUGUUGUGUUCCUAAGUCCACCUUGGGGAGGUCCAGAUUAUGCUGCUGCAGAGACCUUCGACAUUAGGACAAUGAUGUCUCCUGAUGGCUUUGAAAUUUUCAGGCUUUCUCAGAAGAUCACUAAUAAUAUUGUUUAUUUUCUUCCAAGAAAUGCUGAUAUUGACCAGGUGGCAUCGUUGGCUGGGAUUGGAGGGCAAGUGGAAAUAGAACAGAACUUUCUUAACAAGAAGUUAAAGACAAUCACUGCAUAUUUUGGUGAUCUGAUCAGAAGACCAGAGCCUCUGAAGACCACUUCUGAAGCAGAAGUAUGAUACUGUAAAGCACAGAGAGAUCAUGUGGAGUGAGGAUGGACUUCUAGGCUCCUUAAUACUGUGUGCACAUGCGAUGGAAACCUCUUGAGUUUUAAAGGGUGCUAAUGAAGUGGUUUGAGAUCUUAGGGUAAUGUUAACUGAUCUGUGCUCUAUACUUUAAAGUAGCAUCAGGGCAAGGGGGUCGCAGGUGCCUGCAAUCCCAACACUUGUGAAAGAUCAUGAGUUCAAGCUCAUGCUGUGCUGCAUAGCAGUUCAGUUCAAGGCUGGCCUGAGCUACCUGAGAUCUUGCCUCAAAAAAAAUCAUAAAGAGUCUAGGCAUAUCCCUGUGCUUAAAUUAAGUGCAUCUGCAUUUGUGUAUGUUGUCAUUCUUUAACUGUUUUAGUUUAACAUCUCUGUGUCUGUGUAAAUAUUGGUUUUCUAAAAUGCAAAGGAAAACAAAGCAUCCACCACCACCCCCAGUCCCUCUCUCCCUCCCUUCUCUACCUACACAUUUAACCCCUAUUGAAAUAAUGUCACCAAUAGAACACCAAUGGUUUAUGCUCUAAGAUCAAGAAUCAACAAAUGAGACCUCAUAAAAUUGCAAAGCUUCUGUAAGGCAAAGGACACUGUCAAUAGGACAA